AUGCAACGUGCAUUUAGCAAAACACGCGAUUUAUCUCAUCUCAAGUACGCUCCCCAGACAUUGGACGACUAGGAGAUGCUUCAGUAGAACCAGCCAAUAGCUUCACCGGGAGGUGAGCUAAGGAGAGAGGAGCUGAUACAGCAUAAAUAAAUUGCCGGUGAAAUGGAAAAUAAGACUCCAGCCCAUAAAUAAUCUCUAGAUGAUUCUCAUUCUGACCAAUAUUCUCCACCCAAGAAGCUAAAAGAUCAAGAUCCUAGCGAGGACAAAGCUCAAACCUCGAUCGGGAAACGAAUUUACCGCAACUAGAGCAAGUUCAAUAGCAGUGUUGGGAAUAAUCCAGCAAUUAAUAGCAGUGGGUAUAGAGAUGACCCACUUACUAUGACCCCCUUCUCUCAAGAUAAUAUUCCCGGGAUGAUGUAGGAUUCAAAGCCUUUCCGCAAUGAUGAGAAAUUAAGGAAACUAGUUGAUACCUACGGGGCUAAAAACUGGAAAAGAAUCGCUUCUUUUUUCGAAAGCAGGACUGAUGUCUAGUGCCUGCAUAGAUGGCAGAAGGUUCUUAAUCCAGCAAUGAUUAAGGGCCCUUGGACUGAGGAUGAAGACCAAACACUAAUUAAUAUGGUACAAUAGCAUGGCGCUCAGAAUUGGAGCUAAAUAGCUACUGCCCUUCCUGGGAGGAUCGGCAAGCAAUGCAGAGAGAGAUGGCAUAAUCAUUUGAAUCCUGAUAUAAAAAAGAACAAAUGGACUGAAGAGGAAGAUUUUCUCAUAAUAGAAGCUCACAAGAAAUUAGGAAACAGAUGGUCUGAGAUUGCUAAACUAUUGCCUGGAAGAACAGACAACCACAUUAAGAAUCACUUUAAUUCUACUCUAAAGAGGAAGCUGAAACUCAUGGAGCAUUAGCAGAACAGGUCACAGUAUAUGAUCAACAGUGAAGCAAGAGCUAAGCUCAAUCAGCAAAUCAUGCCCUCGUCAUAUGACCCAGAAAGUUCAGUUAACUGUCUUAGGAAAGAUUUGUCUAGUGCCUUUGAAGAAUGCUAUAUUGGUGUAUCUUAGGUAAAUGGAAGGUUCUAGUUCUAAGAAAACGAUAUUGCAAUAGCCCAGUCAAAUAACUACUAAGAGUAUAUGAUGAGUGGAAAACAGCAGUCACCUACUUUUGGCCAAAAGCGUUAAAGUAAUGACGACUUUGUUUAGCAUACUAUGUACACCACUCCUAAAAAGGAGUCUCAUUGCAGUACUGAACUCUACAAUUCUGAUAAUAAGAGACCUUCUCCCGAGAGUCUCUUUACACCUUUAAGAAUUCCUGGAACUACAAAGUUUGACUCUUUCUAAACAAAGAAACUAUUACUCUUAGAUACGUCAAACUUGAAUGUUUUAAUGAAAUCUGAGAACAAAAUCUCAAAGGAUUAGGAAAUUCUAAUAAAUCAAGAAAAGUCAAGAAAGGAUUCUAAAGAUUCAAUUCAAAUCAAGGAAGAUGAGGAUGCCAAUUUUAUUGAGAGUAAUCCCCAAGAAUCUAAGAAAAUCCAAGGAUAGCCUAUCUAUGAAAGCAACAUCGAUGGUCAGUCUGAUUCAGACAACCUUGAGGAAGAUAUGGAGAGUUUGAAGGAACAUCCUCAAAAGAGGCAAAAAGUAAUGAGUACUGGUAAUUUAGAGUAAUUAAAUUGA